GCAUCCCUCGCAGUGGUUCAGUCCUCUCUCCAGCUGAUCGGCCCAGGAAUCCCCGGUGGUUCCGUCCGUCAUCGGCUUUGACGGCUCCGAUGUUUCACUCUCCCUUUAGGCUGUUUUAAUCCACUGGACUUUGUGGCCGCCCGUGUCGGCAAACUGCUCCUCGGCUGGUGCGUUGUGGAUAUUCUAAGGAAAUCUUCGCAUCUUGUCCUAACGCGGCGAGUUAAAGGCCCUAGUUUCCAUCCCCGGAUUCACCUGCUGCUACACGGAGAGCCUCACCACGGCAGACCGUCAUGGGGGACACGGGGAGCGAGGGCAGCAAGCCCCCGAGUAACGUCAACGUCGUACCCCCGCGUUGUCCGUGCGGCUUCUGGGGGUCGAGCAAAACUCUGAAUUUGUGCUCCAAAUGUUUUGCAGACAUCCACAAGGAACAGCCAGAUGGUGCCUCAAAAACUUCUUCAAGCUCCAGCACGAACAGCAGCAGCAGUCAAGCAGACGUCUUCUGCAAUGAAACAAAUGCAAACAUCAGUCAAGCUUUCAUAUCGAUGUCGGACACUUCAGAGGAUCACAUGCCUGGAGACACAGCGAUGACCUCUCUACCUGCUCAGGACGAAGUAUGCAGCACGGACAUAGCCUUAAACUCGCUCUCCACUCCAACAAAGCGCCACUUUGAAUCAGCCUCUGAGUCAGAAAGUGACAGUUCCCCCGAGAAGCGAGCAAGAUUGGCUGAAGUGCCGGGGGCCGAGGAGUCAUCUUCAUCAUCAUUGUCGUCGUCAUCUUCUUGUUCCGCGUCGUCAUCGUCAUCCUUGGCAUCGUUGUCUCGUGGCAGCUCCAAACAGCGGAGCCGCAAACGUUGCCACCGCUGCCAAACCAAACUGGAGCUGGUACAACAAGAACUGGGCUCCUGUCGCUGUGGUUAUGUCUUUUGUAUGCUUCAUCGACUCCCGGAGCAACACGACUGUCUGUUUGAUCACCUGGGCCGUGGGCGCCAGGAGGCCGUCCUCAAAAUGGUCAAGCUGGACCGCAAGGUGGGCCGCUCCUGCCAGCGCAUCGGCGAAGAAUGCUCCUGAGCGCCCCCUGCCUCUCAAGAGAAUCCCUACACAUUAACCCAAGCAGGGAUGUUUUCUUUCCUCCUUUUGUAAAGCGUUUCAUUGAAAGGAUGCCUGCCUGCUCUCUUUAAAUUCCAUUUUGUCCCAGAAUCUUUGUGCUUCUGUUGGCUUGAUUGUAUCCCUGCUGCUAACACGCUUUUGGAAUACCCCAGGCCACAAACGAGAGACUCGGAGAGAGCAAGAAGGACUUUGGCACUUCCUUAGACUUCUCACGUGUGAGUGGACUAACAAAUGAGUGAAAGGAUGGAGAGGACGUGCAAGAUUUAUACAAAUAUUUGUCCAGGAAGACAGUUAAAGAUGAUACCUCAAGUUAAAAAGAAAAAAAAAAUCUUUAUGACAAUGAUGAUGAAGAGAAGGAGGAUGAGGGCAUCGUUUUUUUUAGCCUCGUUACCUCAAGAUAAUACCCAUCCAGAUUCAGAAGCGAGACACACAAACAUACCACUUGGAGUCAGUGUCUUAACCUGUGAUGAUCUUCACCAACUUGUUCAUUAUCCUCCUCAGGAUUCGGAAGUACUAUCUGGAAGUUUCCGCCCUCUGAUUAUUUUUUUCCAUCCAGGAAGUUUUCACUGAGGAUAAACAAGAACGGAUCACCAUUGGAUUUUUUUGAAUUGACACAAAACACAAAUAAAAAUAUGAGGACAUACAUGUUUUUCAUUAAAAUUAUCAUCGCUGUCUACUAAAAAUAUAUAGUAAACCCCCUAUAUUUACAGACCACCGUGAACAUUUAUAUCAUAUAGCUGUGGUAUAACCCGGUUGGUAGAGUGGCGGUGCCAGCAACUUGAGGGUUCCAAGUUCGAUCCCCACUUCAGCUGUUGUGUCCUUGGGCAAGACACUUUAUCCACCUGCUCCCAGUUUCACCCACACUGGUUUAAAAAUGUAACUUAGAUAUUAGUUUUCACAAUGUAAAGCACUUUGAGUCACCAGAGAAAAGCGCUAUAUAAAUAUAUUUCACUUCACUUUACUUCACUUGAUUUAAACUACGCCGGCUCGCUUCUCUCCCUCAGAACCCCAUGUUACCUUGUUGUUAACAUUCUCCGAUUUUGGAUCAACAGUUUGUAAAAGUGGCUGUUGUAAUUCAUUAGAGAUUCCGCAGAUCAUCAAAAUGCAUGAAGUCAAUAAAUUGAUUUUGCAAAAAUAAAUGUCUUGGAACAUCAAAAAACAAUAAACACGAUGUCUCGAGGCAAUAAAAAAAGUCAUACUGUUACAAAUCAAAAAAGACAACAAAACAAACCACCCAGUUGGGAAACAAGCUACACUUCAAGAUGUUCAAUGUUUAUUGAAAUGCACAUUUUUGCUAACAUUUAGAGCUCAUUUUAUUUUAUUUUGUUUACUUAUUUAGGAUAACUAAGUUAUUUACGUUCCAACUACAUAAAAAGUAAGUUUAUUGCGUUCAAAAGGGUUACUUGCACUGUUAUUAUAUAUAAUGAUUACGUUAGUGCUGGAGUUGGCAACAGUCAAUCCACUUUUCAGCAUGACAGUCAAAUGCUUACAAUUUUGUCUUUACAGACAAUUGUAAGCUUUUGACUCUAUAAUAACGAUCUGCAGUCGGACAUAGUGGCAAUUGAAAUUGAUAUAAAUAGCAAUAAAACAUAUUAAAGUAGAUUGUUGAUACCUGCAGAAACCCUGUUAUUAGUUUUAGCUUCAAAACCGUUGCCGUUUCUUCAAUUACCAUUGUUCCCUGGUGACAAAAGAAGCUAGAUAACUAAAUGCACGGAAGCACAAUCCAGACUUUAAAUAUGCCUCACAAAGAGUAUAGAUACUCUUUACUAUUUAAUGAUAAUAAAAGAUGAUCGAUAUUGCCAGAUGGAAUUGGUGUUUGGGUCUAGCCUGUAGCCCUAUCGCCAGGCAGGAGCUACAACCUACCUUCUCCAGCUCCCUCUAAAGCAGACCUGGGCAAAUUAAGGCCUGGGGGCCACAUGCGGCCGGUUAAGCUUUUCAAUCAGGCCCGCCGGACAUUCCCCCCAAAUUGUUAUUAGAUCUUUAAGAUGGAAAGUGUAGCUGCCAUUAUGAUGUGCAGUGAUGUUUUCUAAUGACCGUUAAUCUUGAAAUAUACAAAAUAUUAUCAAUGGUUGGAAUCUGCGUUUUUGGAUGAUAUACCAGAUACUAUGGUCAUCUAAUUAGUUACUAUGGUUAUCUAAUUGGUUACUAUGGUCAUCUACGUCACAGCAGCCCAGACGAAGCACUAAGCAGUGUGGGUGGGAAGCGUUUCCACGGACGCGGAAGGAGAUUUUCACAACAAAUUUCUAAAGCUUAGUGAUAUAUCAGAUUGUAAGUGGGUUUAUUUUGUACCCUUCGCAUUCGUAUUUUUGUCGCGUUUCACUGGAUGGUAAAAUACGUCGAUGAGAAGAGGGUGGGACGUUCAUAUGUUGUCAAUAUUUAGUGUUUUAUCUUUCAUAGAAACAUUUCAAAUUCCAUUACAUUUUUAAAGGUGGUCAGUCAUAACGUUUUUGGCAAUCGAUCAGACAUUAUUGUGAGGUUUUGUAUUCGUGUUUCUAAAAAUAGAUAUACUGUUCCCCAGACGCAUUUUUUUCUCUAAAUGUGGCCCUUGAGUCAAAAUAAUUGUCCAGGCCUGCUCUAAAGUGACUCACAAUGGUACUAUAUUUAAUUUCAGUCAGAAUUUUUGUCAUAUUUUAACCUAAGUUCCCCUUGUAGCAGUAUUUAAAGAAACAUUAAAAAAGUUGACUAUUGAAGCUUGUGCUUCUGAAGCCAUAGAAGACGCCGCCAUCUUCCACUGACAUUGUUACAGCCGCCAUGUAUGUGUAAUUAUCACAUAAUUAUAAUUUACUGCCAACUUAGAGUGAAUCAGAUGUCUUCUGUAAAACUCCUUUUUUUUUUUUUUUUUCAAACCAAAAGACAAAUCUGUGGGGAUAAAAAUGCUGGAUCCCGAAUAUGCAAGGUUCCACUGUAUCUUCCAAUGUUUGUGUAUUAAAAAAAUAAAUAAUCAAAAACCCCAAAAAUAAAACUAUGAGAUGAUGCAUGUUUCUAAUUGGACAGCGAUGAUACAUCCAGUUUUGCAUUUUCCCUCCUUGUCACUUUUCCUCCCUAUGUUUACGCAUGUGGACUGUUUUGUUGUGUUUUUUUUUGUUUGACGACAUUCUGCAUUGUACACAUCACACAGCGUAUGGAUACUUCUGUAAAUACACACAUUGCCGCGACAUGGACUCAAGCUGAGAUGUUUGCACUCAGCAGUUGGUGGGGGGUUGCAUUCAUUUUUCAACUUAAGUUAUCCAUAUUUUUAAAGGUGAUAUCCAUCACUAGAUGCAAUCUUGGCUUUCCUUUUCUUCCUCCUUCAGGUACUUAAUCGAUCCUUGACAUUUGCCAAUGUUUUGAUUCCAAGGUAAUCAUGACGAUGACACCUGUUCUGUUCUGAUUGCUUGUUUCCUCCUGUGUUACUCGCCCUCGUGGCUGCUUAUCCUCUCUAAAAUGACAUGAGCAGUGAAUAAAUAAUAAAUUCUCCUGAACAAAAUAUAAGUAUUUCUAUAUGUUAAUUGUAGAUUGAUUAAACAAGAUCUUAAUGGUAAAUCAUUUAUUUAACCUUUGUUUUGCCUUUUCCGGUUGACUUACACUUAAGUGUAGCGCUAUGUUAUUCUGUUGUGUUACGUUAUACUUAUUACCAAGGGAAUAAGAACACAUACAAAUUUGGUAUAUUUUUGUUGUCAUGGUUAUGAAUUUUCCUUUCAUUUUGCUUUUUUUUUUCCUUUUACUGAAAAUAAAUCCAGAUUAGACAAA